AUGAAGGCAUCAAUUUUGGGCUUGGCUUUGUGGCCGCUGUUCUUCCAGCCUAGGCUGAUGCUCUGGGCCUCCCAGGUGAUUCAGAACUGUCAAGAUGGGAACUACGAGAUCAGUGUUCUGAUGAUGAACAACUCAGCUUUCCAAGAGUCCCUGGAUGUCAUAGAAAGAGUGGUGAACGAAGGCGUGAACAUAGUAAGAAAACGGCUGCAAGAUGCUGGUAUAAACGUGACUGUCAGUGCAAGAUUUAUCCAAACAAAUACUUGGAUUUAUAGGUCAAGCGACUGCCGAAGUAGCACAUGUGAAGGCCUGGACCUACUCAGGAAAAUUGCGGAAGAUAAAGUAAUGGGCUGUGCCCUCAUGGGGCCCUCCUGCACUUACUCCACCUUCCAGAUGUACCUUGACACAGAAUUGAACUAUCCAAUGAUUUCAGCAGGAAGUUUUGGAUUGUCAUGUGACUACAAAGAAACCUUAACCAGGCUGAUGUCUCCAGCUAGGAAGUUAAUGUACUUUUUGGUUGACUUUUGGAAGGCCAAUAAUUUGCCAUUCAAAAGUUCUUCCUGGAACACUGCUUAUGUUUUCAAGAAUACUACAGAGACUGAAGAUUGUUUCUGGUAUCUCAAUGCUCUGGAAGCUGGAGUUUCUUACUUUUCUGAGCAACUUUUCUUUAAGGACGUUUUAAGACGAAAUGAACAGUUUCUGGAUAUUCUAACAGAUCACAACAGGAAAAGUAAUGUGAUUGUCACGUGUGGUACUCCAGAAACCAUGUCCUCCUUUCUGAGCGAAACUUCAGUGGCUGAAGACACUGUCAUCAUUCUGGUGGAUCUAUUCAAUAACUACUAUUUUGAGGGAAAUGUCACAGCUCCUGACUUUAUGAAAAAUGUCCUUGUGCUGACACUACCUCCUGAAAAUAUCAACAGUUCUUCUUCCAAAGAUCCGUCACUGGCACAAAAUGACUUCGCUCUUGCCUAUAUGGAUGGAGUCUUGCUAUUUGGACAUAUGCUGAAGAUAUUUCUUGAAAAUGGAGACAAGAUAGUUACCUCCAAAUUUGCUCAUGCUUUCAGAAAUCUCACAUUUGAAGGAUACCUGGGUCCUGUGACUUUGGAUGACAGUGGUGACAUUGACAAUACCAUGGUGCUUCUGUAUACCACUGUGGAUACCAAAAAAUACAAAAUUCUUUUAAGCUAUGACACCCGUAAAAAUAGUACUAAAGAAGUGGAUGUGAGUCCUACAUUUAUCUGGAAGAACCAUAAACUUCCAAAUGAUAUUCCAGACCGAGGCCCUCAAAUCCUUAUGAUUGCAGUCUUCACCCUCACAGGAGCUGUAAUCCUGGUCCUGAUCAUUGCUCUCCUGGUGCUGAGAAAAUACAAAAAAGAUAAUGAAAUUCGUCAGAAAAAAUGGUCUCAUAUUCCUCCUGAAAAGAUCAUACCUCUGGAAACCAAUGAGACCAAUCAGAUUAGCCUGACGAUCGACGAUGACAAGAGACGAGAUACAAUCCAGAGACUACGGCAGUGCAAAUAUGACAAAAAGCGAGUGAUUCUAAAAGAUCUCAAGCACAAUGACGGCAAUUUUACAGAGAGACAGAAGAUAGACUUGAACAAGUUGCUUCAGAUUGACUACUACAACCUGACCAAGUUCUACGGCACCGUGAAACUUGACUCUAUGAUCUUUGGGGUGAUUGAAUAUUGUGAGAGAGGAUCCCUCCGGGAAGUUUUAAAUGACACAAUUUCCUACCCUGAUGGAACAUUUAUGGAUUGGGAAUUUAAGAUAUCUGUCUUGUAUGACAUUGCUAAGGGGAUGUCGUACCUGCACUCCAGUAAGACAGAAGUUCACGGGCGUCUGAAAUCCACUAACUGUGUAGUGGACAGCCGAAUGGUGGUGAAGAUCACUGAUUUUGGUUGCAAUUCUAUUUUACCGCCAACAAAAGACCUGUGGACAGCCCCAGAGCAGCUUCGCCAAGCCAGCAUCUCUCAGAAAGGAGAUGUGUACAGCUAUGGGAUCAUAGCCCAGGAGAUCAUCCUGCGGAGAGAAACUUUCUACACACUGAGCUGUCGGGACCAGAAGGAGAAGAUUUUCAGAGUAGAGCAUUCCAAAGGAGUGAAGCCUUUCCGCCCAGAUCUGUUCCUGGAAACAGCAGAAGAAAAAGAGCUGGAAGUUUAUCUACUUGUAAAAAGCUGUUGGGAGGAAGAUCCUGAAAAGAGACCAGAUUUCAAGAAAAUUGAGACUACCCUGGCCAAGAUAUUUGGCCUUUUUCAUGACCAAAAAAAUGAAAGCUACAUGGACACUUUGAUCCGACGUCUACAACUCUAUUCUCGAAAUCUGGAACAUCUGGUGGAAGAAAGGACACAGCUGUACAAGGCAGAGAGGGACAGAGCAGACAGACUUAACUUUAUGUUGCUUCCAAGGCUAGUUGUAAAAUCUCUGAAGGAGAAAGGCAUUGUGGAGCCCGAACUAUAUGAGGAAGUUACAAUCUACUUCAGUGACAUUGUAGGUUUCACCACUAUCUGCAAGUACAGCACCCCCAUGGAAGUGGUAGACAUGCUUAACGACAUCUAUAAGAGUUUUGACCACAUCCUUGAUCACCAUGAUGUCUACAAGGUGGAGACCAUUGGUGAUGCCUACAUGGUGGCAAGUGGUUUGCCUAAAAGGAAUGGGAACCGGCAUGCAAUCGACAUUGCCAAGAUGGCCUUGGAUAUCCUCAGCUUCAUGGGAACAUUCCAGCUGGAGCAUCUUCCUGGCUUGCCAAUAUGGAUCCGUAUUGGUGUUCACUCUGGUCCCUGUGCUGCAGGAGUUGUGGGGAUCAAGAUGCCUCGUUAUUGCCUGUUUGGAGAUACUGUCAACACAGCCUCCAGGAUGGAAUCAACUGGCCUUCCUUUAAGAAUUCAUGUGAGUGGCUCCACUAUAGCCAUCCUGAAGAGAACCGAGUGCCAGUUUCUGUAUGAAGUGAGAGGGGAAACCUACUUAAAGGGACGAGGAACUGAGACCACAUACUGGCUGACUGGGAUGAAGGACCAGGAGUACAAUCUGCCGACCCCUCCAACUGUAGAGAAUCAACAGCGUUUGCAAGCAGAAUUUUCAGACAUGCUUGCCAGCUCUCUACAGAAGAGACAGGCUGCAGGGGUAAGAAGCCGAAAACCAAUGCAGAUACCCAGCUACAAGAAAGGCACCCUGGAAUAUUUGCAACUCAACACCACAGACAAACAGAGCACCUAUUUUUAA